AAGAAGUGAGUAAGAGCUGUAUUCAUCUGAGAAAAAAAGGACAGAAGAGUCAAAGGAUGUGAGAGUGAUCACAGGAAGCCGGCGGCGCUCUGGUAGAAGCACGACGGAGGACAGAACUAUGUCUGAAAUACAAUCACUGAAAUUACUUCUUCUCCUCACGUGGAUUCAUGGGACAUUUACAGAAACUCAAAUACCCAACAUCGAGUUCAGAGCUGUCAGAGUUGGAGAUGACGUCCUUUUACCUUGUAAAGAUAUUAAAGACCUUCGUGAUAACUGCAACAGUACCACCUGGAUCUACGCUGAUUCAGACAAAUCAGUUGCAUUGUUUGAACAUGGGAGGAUUCACAAAGACGCUGGAGAUAAAUCAGACAGACUGAGAGUUAUGGAGGACUGUUUACUGGUUUUACAGAAAGUCACAGUUGAAGAUAAAGGUUUAUACACCUGCAGACAGUUCAGACCAGGAGAAACAGUCACAGACUCUGCCGUUGAACUGUCUGUCACUGAAAAGGACAAAACAGCAGCGACAAAUAAACCAACGGUCAAAACUUCCACCACAACAUCUACAAGCAUCAUAAACCCAACAAAAAAGGAUCGAAUUACAGUUACGACGAUUCUGGUCAUUGUAGCCGCGGUUGUGAUAGCAUCCCUAAUAAUAACCGCUGUGGUUGUCGUCAGAUGGAGGAAGACUAAAGAGGGGAAACAACAGAUGGGUCCUAAAAGUGGAUCGAGCGUAAACCCUGCAGCCGCUCGGUCUGGUCCAGAAUCCAGUGGGCACACGAUGGACCCUGAAGACGAGGUUUCCUACAUCACCAUCAACCACUGCAACGUCAACAGAGGCGCCCAGGUUCAGGAUAGAUAUCCUCAACAUGACGGUGUGAUCUACAGCACCGUUCAAGAUCGCGCUGCCGCUGGAGCCGCCCCCGAUCUAAACAACGGCAUCUACUCCGUUGUCCAGAAAACAAACCGAUGAGAUGACAGAAACUGAAGCAAUGUUGGAGUUGAGGUCUUUUAGGAAUUUUAUGAGUAAGAUCCUUCAAAUCCAUUAUUCCUUCAGUUAAAACUUUUAAAAUUGUGGAUCACAGAAUUCUGCAAAUUAUGUGGAAAGCUCAUGAGAAAAUGUAUCCAAUCAAUAUACAGAAAAAUUUUGAAAAAAUAAGUAUAACUUAAAAGGAACAGAGAUCUUUAAAAAAACAAAAUUCAGGACAAAAUUAAUGGAACAUUGUUUUUCUGUAAAAGGUAUCAGUUUAUGGAGCAAUCUGGAUACAGAAGACAAAGAAUGCAAAUCAAACAUUACAUUUAAAAGAAUAAUAAAUGCCAGUUUGAUGAAGAAAUAUCAUGAUAAUUGUUAAGUUAGGUUGGUUUUCUUUUUUUUUCUCUCUCUCUUUUUAGCACCAUUGUCAUAUUUUUUUUCUUUGAAUCAAAAAAGAAUACGACUAUCUGUGUUUGACGACAGCCAUUUUGUGUUAUUUUAUAACUUUGUUGUAGUUUUUUUUAAAUGUUUUUUGGAAAGUGUUUUUUUUUAAUUGCGUAAUUUGUCAUUUGUUUUUGUUUUUUAUUAUUACAUUAAUUGAAAUUUGAUUUCUUAGGAAAAAGGGACAGAUUAAAUAAAAGGGACAGAUAAAAUAAGCUUAGUCUUAGUAAUAUGUUUUGUUCAUUCUGUCUGAUAAACAUUUGGUUCAUUAUUUAAAGUAAAGUUCUCUUUUCUCAGUAAAAAUUACACCAUUGGUCUGAGGACACAAGUGACUAAAGAAGAGGAAAAUUCACGUGUGUCACAUGAUUAGGUCAUGACAUCAGUGACGGGAGGUUAGCUGUGGCUGAGUGGGACACCCAACUAUAUUUAGAUCUACUCCCCCACUGACCAUAUUUCCUCUUCUUCAGACAUAUUAUUGCUAUGAGCAAAUGGAAGGUUGCUGAUAAAAUCCAACAAUAUGUUUUUUUUAUCCGUUUGGGUAUGUUUUUUUUUACAUAUCAGGAAAGUGUGAGGGCACAUUUAUCAUAUGCUGCCCCCACGUGGCCACAUGAUUUAUUGCUACUCAGGAUGGUUUCAUGAACAAGGCUUAUUCUAUUUUAGAGUCGUCAAAUACCAAAACAGUCACUUUGGAGAAUCCCAUCCAUCCAUCCAUCCAUCCACCUAUCCAUCCAUCCAUCCAUCAAGACCCCCAGAACACUGUUUGAGGGUGAUACAGAUUGAUAUAUUGAUAUAUUGAUAUAUAUAUAUAUAUAUAUAUAUAUAUAUAUAUAUAUAUAUAUAUAUAUAUAUAUAUAUAUAUAUAAUCAGUUUCACAGAUCUAAAUUAAGUUGUUUCGAGCUUAACCCCUGACAUUUUGUUACAAGAAAAAGUUGCUUUUCCAGUUGCAAAACGAGCACUAUGUCAGUGUGUGACAUUUCCCCCAGUUUGUGUUUCUGUUUUGUCCCGCCUGUCUUCCAUCUGCCCUGAUUGUUCACACCUGUGUCUCGUUACCCCCUUGUGUAUAUCUGGUCUUGUCUUUCCCUUGCUCCUUGUGGUUCCGUACUGUGUUUUCCUCCAUAUGUCUUGCCAAGUUUUUCCUCCAGUUUUCCGAUCCUUGUUUCUGUGUAUUGAUCCUGCUAAGCAGCGCUUUGGUUUUUGGUCCUUGCCUUUUUUUGGAAUAAACCCUUUUUCGUUGAACUCCUGCCUCUCGCUCUCCUGCAUCUGGGUCCUCACCACACCAGCCUGACAGAACGGAACCACCAGUAUGGACCCAGCGGGAGAGAGUUCCGCCUUCUGGGACAUCGUGUACCGGGAGGCGGAACUCUCUAUUCCUGGUUGGCGGUGCCCGGAUGAGCUGGAAUCCCCGGAUGAGCUAGAAUCCCCCUUCUGGGGAACAUGCCUGGCUCGGGGAGGGUCCAGGAGCACAAGGUCCCCCGCAGGUGUGAAAGCACCCUUAGAUCUGUGGUCAUCAACCCUGGUCCUCGAGAUCUACUGUCCAGUAUGUUUUAGAUAUUUCCCUGCUUCGACACACCUAUUUGUCUAUCUGGGUUGUGUCUCAAAAAUGGUGGAUAUAUGUAUAACUCUUCAGCAUAGAUAACACGAUAAAUGUUAUUUUAAUGUGCCCUUUGAUAUUAAAAUCCUGAUAGUUAUCCUUUACAUUAAUAAGCAUUUGUUAUCUUUUCCACAAUUUUCAGCAGUUGGCAAACGCUUUAUGGCAGCAGCCACUAGGUGGCGCUUGCACCGCGCAGCAGUCUGUCUAUAAGUUUAUCUGUUAAAA